ACGACACGAGUGGGCGGACGGCGACGUUGGCGAAGAAGACGAGAGCAGGGCAGGCACCCAGCAACCAGCUAGCUAGCCGGCAAUGGCGCUGCCGGCGCCGAGGUGGCUCCGGCGGGAGGUGCUCGUGGGGCUCGCGCUCGGGCAGUUCGUCUCGCUGCUUAUCACCUCCACCGGCUUCUCCUCCUCCGAGCUCGCCCGCCGAGGCGUCAAUGCGCCGACGUCGCAGUCCCUGCUGAACUACAUCCUCCUCGCGCUUGUCUACGGAGGAAUUAUGAUUUACAAACGGCAACUUCUGACGGUGAAAUGGUACUACUACUUGAUCCUCAGCAUCGUCGACGUGGAGGCUAACUACAUCGUCGUGAAGGCUUACCAGUACACGUCCCUGACGAGCGUGAUGCUCCUGGACUGCUGGGCGAUCCCCUGCGUCCUCUUCCUCACCUGGAUCUUCCUCAAGACGAAGUACGGGCUGAGGAAGCUGUUCGGCGUCGGGAUCUGUGUGGCUGGCGUCGUGCUGGUGGUCUUCUCCGAUGUGCACGCCUCUGAACGAAAAUCAAAAGGACCCAGCCCCUUGAAAGGUGAUAUGCUUGUCAUCGCCGGGGCCACGCUUUACGCCGUCAGCAAUGUCACCGAGGAGUAUAUUGUCAAGAAAAGCAGCAGGAUUGAGGUGAUGGCGAUGCUAGGUGUUUUUGGAGCAAUUAUAAGUGGCAUACAGAUAAGCAUACUUGAGCGGGAAGAACUUAGAUCGACGGAAUGGAAUGCCAGCGCAGUGCUCCCUUUUAUUGGAUUUGCACUAGCAAUGUUCCUGUUCUACUCCACAGUGCCUAUUAUCCUGAAGAUAUGUGGCGCAACCAUGCUGAACCUAUCACUUCUGACCUCCGACAUGUGGGCCGUUCUAAUCCGUAUCUUUGCUUACCAUGAGAAGGUCGAUUGGAUGUACUUUGUUGCUUUUGCUGGCACUGCAAUUGGUCUCAUCAUCUACUCAUACAAGGGCUCCAGGGAGGCUGCCGAGGACACUGCACAGGUCGCAGGCGCAACUGACGAGGAGGCAGCGACAGAGAACCGCACGGCAGAGCGAGUUCCUGGUGCUGGAGAAGAUGAUGGACCAGACUCAAACAAGUCCCCGUCGGAAGCAGCUACCUCAAGGUAGCAGGUGACGGUCUGCUGCCAACUUGGCAUGUGACUGAACAUGUAUAAAAUAGGAUUAUGAGUUUUCACAGGUUCACUGCACAGGGUGUAUACUGGUUCAUUCUACAAUUGUUAUGUAAACAUGGAGCAAUAAUGGUAUUGGUAAAGGUUUUGUGA